AUGGUUCGAAUGGAUCCUAUUGAUUUGUAUUCGUUACCAGAAACCUCUUCUUUUCAUGGCCAGGACGAUACUCAUAUUGCAGCAGUAUCCCACACGAUCGGUGAGCUUGCAUGUCAAUUGGUGGAGAAGCUCAAUGUGCGUUCAGCGACAUUGGCGAGAGGAGGUCAAAUUCAUUUUGCGUUAAGUGAUGCAGCCACGAUGCGAGUGUUGGCACCAAGGUCGUCUGUUGGGUAUUUGCGAGCGGGAGCGAUUUAUCAGCAACAAGGAAAUGAGCGAGCAGCAGUCCGCAUGUAUGACCAAGGACUUGAAGCAGUAUCACCUUCGGAUCAUGGUUACACCGACUUGAAGCAGAGACGCGCUGAGGCGAUGCAUGCUGCUGAUUCUAAACGCGUUGAUUUUAUCACCCAAUUACCACUUGAUAUCGUGGCUACCAGCAUCACACCAUUACUAUUUGAGAGUGUUCAUCUCCAUGCCGACAAGCCUUGUCCUUAUCUUUAUGUGUCACGUGCAUGGCAACAGCGUCUUUUGGCAAGCAAUCCAUUGACUUUUAUGAUACACAAGGAUGUUUCGGACUCGAGACAAGUCAUCAAGUUUGCAUCCCAUGUCAAAUCCUUGGUGAUUCCCUCUAACAAGUAUGGCUCAGAGUAUGAUCCUGCACAUGUCUUGUUGAAAGCCAACUAUCCAAGUCUUGUAAAACUCAUCUUGCAUCAUCGAGGUGACCGCGGUGUGUUGAAUAUCUGCAUCUCUUCUGUGGGUGAUGCAUUGACAUGGUUAAAGCUUAUUGUGAGCUUGGAGGAUCCGAUUGAUUUGCGCUUUGUGUUGGAUCAUUGCCCCCACUUGAUUUCUCUUGAAGCAGCGUUCUUUGAUGGCACCAUGACCAAUAAGCUGACCAAGCAGUAUCCCAAUUUGAAGGACCUUCAUCUACGUGCACUCUCUCGCCAUGGUAUUACAGACAAGAGCAUGCUCAAUAUCGUUGGCCAUCUUCCAUCCUUGUCAUCAUUGAAUGUGGGAUCCGUGCCUAGUUCUCGCUUAUUGUCAACCUUGCAUCAUUAUUGCCCCAACAUGAAACUGCUAGCUUAUGGUGACAGUAUUCUUGAUUUGAGAACCUACAAGGAUCAUGCAGGAUUACAAAAAGUCUCGAUUGGUCAAAGUCAAAUUGAAUUGAACCCUGAUGAUUUGAUAUCAAUCAUUUCGCGUCAUUGGAGAUCGCUUGAACAACUCGCCUUGAAAGGCCUCAUCAAAGAACCUUUGAAAUGGCGUCGUGGAUUUGUUUUUGAACGCCUUACGUAUUUGGAAAUCGACGCCGAGCAUGAUGCACUGCUAACAUUGGCGACAUCCAUCAUUCACCUUGCACCAUGUUUAGAAGCCAUCAAGGUGUUUAUUCAAUCGGGAGACGACCCUCAUCAAGCAUUCGUUGCCAUGACCGAGUUGAACCAUUUGAAAUGUCUUUGGCCAAGAUGCAUUGCACCCUACUCCAAUUCGCUUUAUUAUUUCAUUCAGCAUCAUGUCAACUUGGGUGAUCAGUCAUCCCUCCAAGAGAUUCGAUUGCUGCUGCAACCUGAUAUGCCGCCAUGUCCUUGGUUACGUGCGAUUGCUCAACUAGCCAACUUGCGACGUCUUGAGAUUGGCAUCAAAUCCAUGUCAUUUCCUAGGAAUUACGUUGCCAUGAUGGAUGCACUUGCGCAAGGAUGCUUGGCAUUAGAGAGUCUUGAGUUGAAAUGUGGUGCUGUGGAUCUACCGGAGAAAUGUCUUGUUCUCUUUGGUGCUCAUCCUGGUAUCAAACGCUUGGCGAUUGUGGCUGAAUCUAUUUCCAAUCAUGAUAUCAUUGCUAUUUUAUCCAUGCCAAAUUUGCAAUGCCUUGAUCUCUUGACGCUCAUGGAUGAUCUUACACUGGAAACACUCAAAAACAACAUUCCUCAGGUUAACUACAUGCCAUUAUCGACAUCGGAUCGCCUAGCAUUCUCUUUAUCAUCGUAG